AAAGAAAAUUAAAGAAUCGCCAUUUUACUUUUCAGUUUCCCUGAAAUUGUGUGUGUGUAAAUUUUAGCCGAAUUUUUAGCCGCACAAAAAGAUUUACAUCAAUUUUUGUGAAAAUAUUUCACAAAUUUAGUGAAUAUUUAAAGGAAACUAAGUGAAAAACGUGUGCUAGACAUUAAGUUGUUUAGUUUAUUAGUGCAACGAGUGCUAUGAAGUGAGUGCAAUUCGUCAAGGGAGUAACUAAGAAAAAAAUUGGCAGUGGCUCAUCGGUGUACUGUGCUCGUGCAAAAUGGAAAACGUCGUCGCCUUUAAUAAUGAGCUUUCCAGCCUCUAUGAUCAGAAACCGCCUAUUUCAAAGGCCAAAAUGGCCGCCAUCACUAAAUCAGCGAUGCGCGCCAUCAAAUUCUACAAGCACGUCGUACAGAGUGUCGAAAAAUUCAUACUCAAAUGUAAACCUGAAUACAAAGUUCCCGGCCUUUAUGUCAUAGAUUCGAUUGUGCGCCAGUCUCGACAUCAAUUUGGUCCCGAAAAGGAUGUAUUCGCACCGCGUUUCGCGCGCAACGUAAAGGAAACAUUUGCGAAUCUUUUUCGUUGUGCACCGGAUGAUAAAAGUCGCAUUAUACGCGUGCUUAAUUUAUGGCAAAAGAACAAUGUAUUUGCACCAGAAGUUAUACAGCCAAUUUUUGAUUUAGCCGAUCCAAGUCAUCCAAUUUACCAAUUACCACCAAGUGGUGGUACUGGUGGCGCUGGAAUGGGCGGAAGUAAUAUAAAUGAUCUUGCAUCGGGUGGUGCAAAUGGACUAAAUAUAUCGUCUACCUCUAUGGAUAUUAGUAUGAAUGCGACUGGAUCCAAUGAUGAUAAGCAUGGUGGCAUGCCUGAUUUAUCGUCAAUGAGUCAUGAAAAAGCGCAGAGUAUGCUUGACAAUAGUACAUUGCGACAGCUGGAACAUAUGCAACAAUAUCUCAAACGUCAUAGUGCAUCAGCAACAACAACUAGUGCCACAAAAUCUACGCGCGAAAUGCGUGAAUCGCGUGAUAUACGUGAAAUACGCGAGCCUCGAGAAUUACGUGAGUCAAGAGAACUGCGUGAGCCACGGGAAUUGCGUGAAAUACGCGAUGCUCGCGAUAUGCGUGAUUCGCGCUCCGAGCGUGAUGCACAUGAAUAUGCGCGCCUAAUCGAUAGCGGCGCUGGUGGCGGCAGUGGACGCAAUGCAAGUAACGUUGGAAAUGUUGGUGCUGGUAGCAGUGGCAUAUCCAAUAGUGGCAACAAAUCGCAACAUACUGAAUCCUAUUUGAAAUAUUCAAAAAGCACGCAUGAUGUUAUACUGGACGACGACGACGGUCUAGAUAACAACUCGCCGCAGCAUGCAUCCAAACUGAUCGAUAAUAAUAACUUACAACAACUGCUUAAUGAUCCAAAUGUCUUGCUGCAACUACAAACGUUGCAAAAUUUUCAAAAAAUGAAACAGCAAGAGGAACAAUACAAAAUGAACGAAAUGCGCAUGCAAGAAAAGGAGUUUGAGAAACAUUUACAAAAUGUCUUAAAGACGCAAGUUGGUGGGCAUGGCGUAUCCGCUGAUUCAAGUGAGUUCAACAAGGAAGUGGAAUUCGUAUCGGUGGAGCAAAAAAUUGAGGUUAUCAAUCUGGAUGGAAACGAUUCACGCAGCCCAUCGCCAACACACGAUCGUGAUCGCUACAAGUCCUCUCGUCGUCGCAGCAGCCGCAGCCGUAGUCGCUCUCGUUCGCGCGAUCGUGGACGUCGUCGGCGUUCACGUUCUCGUUCACGCAGUCGUUCACCACGCGGUUCAUACAGGCGUCGCACAUCGCGCGAUCGUGAUCGUGAUCGCAGCGAACGCAGCGUAAGGGAUAAGGAGAAGGAACGUGAACACGAGCGUGAGCGUCGCAGAAAAGGUCUGCCGGAUAUCAGGAAGGAGCAUUUAAGUGUUUGCAGUACCACACUUUGGGUGGGGCAUCUCUCAAAAUUGGUGUAUCAAGAGGAAUUAUCCGACACUUUCGGCGCCUAUGGCGAUAUCGUGAGCAUUGAUUUGAUUGUACCACGCGGUUGUGCAUUUAUAGUGAUGCAUAGGCGCCAGGAUGCACACAAGGCUAUGCAAAAUCUGAAGAAUCACAAGUUACAAGGCCGUGCUAUCACUAUCUCAUGGGCUGCGGGCAAAGGUGUUAAAAGCAAAGAAUGGAAGGACUUUUGGGACCUUGAAUUGGGUGUAACCUACAUCCCUUGGUCCAAAUUGGACAGCGAUACGGAUUUCGAUGCAUUGGAGGAGGGUGGCAUGUUCGAUGAGGAUUCUAUGCCCGGCUGGGUGAAGGAUAAAAUUAAUCAUAUGAAGAGUCUGAAAGAAAAAACCUCUGACAAUGCCGCCAAUAUGCCACCCGGCGUGCCUCCAGGUCAGGGAAAUGCUGGCUUAUUGUUCGGCAUCGAUACUACACAACCACCACCCGGGCCACCACCUACUGGCGGUCCACCACCAAAAAUGCCUAUGGUAGCAGUUCAAUUUCCAAUGGCUCCUCCAAUGGGUGGGCCGCCACGCAUGCUCGGUCCUAUGGGACCGAUGCCAUUAUCUGGCAUCCCAAUGCCACCGAAUAUGGUGCCCGGUAUGCCCCCGCCACACCCGAUGAUGAUGCAAACUGGCAUAAUGCCGCCAGCUUUUCCCCCUAUACCUGGACAGGUGGCUGGCGGUGGCGGACCGCCACCUGGUAUGGGACCACCAAUGGGUAUGCCACCACCUGGCCAGUAUCCACCUCCAGCGGCAAUGUCGUCCGGUGUACCGCCGCCAACCGUUGGCAACUUAUCGUCCAGCGACGAUCAAAUGGAUAUUGAAAUGGACGAGGAAGAUGGCCCGAGUUCUGCCAGUAUACCAGCAGCAGUUAAUACACCGUCGAUGAAUUUCAACCAGCCACCACCAAUGUUUGGCGGACCAGGUGGUGCGGAAAAUACCCCAGGUGACAUUUUCAGUCGUGAUCGAAGUCGUGAGCGCGGCGGACCUGGCGGUAACAGUCGUUGGGGUGGACGUAGUGGCGCCAACGACGAAGUCGAAUUAAUAGAAGCCGCAAAAAGAUGGCGGGAAAACGGUGGACAGUCGAAUUUCAAUGAGGCUGGCGGUAUGGGUGGACCACCCAAUUUCAGCGAUGGUGUUAUGGGAGGCCCACCGAACUUCAACGAGGGUGGUAUGACUGGUGGACCACCUAGUUUCAACGAAGCAGGCAUGGCUGGUGGACCGCCUAACUUUAAUGAGGGUGGUAGAGGCGGCCGCGGUGGUGGACCAAUGAAUAUGCCACCUGAUUUUAUGAAUGACUUUGAUGGUCGUGGAGGGCCACGCGGUGCCGGUGGACCACGUGGUGGCGGCAAUCAUAAUGGCGAUUUCUACCCCAACAUGCAGAAUCGCUUCAAUCAGCCAACAAGUCUCAUGCAAAUGCGUAUACCACCACCGAACGCGUUCAAUCAACGAAUGGGCGGACCCGGUGGGGGACCAAUGUUUAUGCGUGGCGGUCACGGAGGGCCGGGUGGUGGUCCUGGACAAGGGCAAGGCCCGGGAAGACAAGGUUUCUAUAAUCCACGCAAUCCAUUUGAUCGUGACAUGCCUGGUCGUGGUGGCAGAGGCGGUCGUGGAGGCCGUGGUGGUGGUGGUGGUCGCGGUGGCAUUGGCGGCCAUGGUGCGCCCGGUAACUGGAGCGACGAAGAGGGCGAGGAUGGCAAUGCGUUUAAGCGGCGUGGUGGUGCUGGUGCUAGUAGUGGGUCAGCUGGCGGUAGUAGCAAUCGUUUCCGUGAUCGAGAUGCAGCCGAAGAUUGGCAUGGACGCGGCGGACCUGGUGGCAACCGAAGAGGCGGCCCCGGCAGCAGUCGAGACCGUGCCGAACGUAGCGAUCAUCGUGACAAUGAACGCAGUGGUGAACGUGAACGUAGUGGCAACCGACGUAGCUCACGCGAUACAACACGCGAAGGUUCGAAUGCGCCAAACUCAAAAUCAAGCGCUAAACCUGAAGAUACUGAAGACGAUUGGGAUCUUGAGUUGGAGGAAUAUAAACCAGAUGGCACCUCGAAUGCGCCGGCUAAAACAACGUCAGCGUCGGAAAAUCCUACAGCAGCAAAGCAAGAUGCCGACAGCAGUAGAACAGCGAAAAACAAAGAGGAAAAUGUAGAGACCACAGCCAAGAAGCAUGCCGAAGAUGCGCAAAAAAGCGAACCCGUCACAACAAAAACGGCUGAUGAGCCAGUAGUGCCGGAAGCGAAAGAAGAAAAGUUACCAGUACAGCCAGAGAAGCAAACGGAACAAAAUGAGCCAAGUGAGAAACCACAAAUACAACCAGUAAAAGAAACGCCAGAACCGGCAAAACCAGAGCCACCUGCGCCAGCAGUUGAAACCGUAACGGAAACUACUGCAGCUGCAGCGCAAGAAACAACAGCCGCCGUUGAUGUACCGCCACCAGCCGCAACAGAAGCGGAAAAGCCAAGUGAAUGAACAGAAUUUCGAAGAAGAUUUAAUUUGAGUGAAUAGCGAGCGAACCAACUCAACUUACACGCAUAUUAAAUAUUAGCAAAGCAAUUUAUUAUUUUUAUUUUAUUAAACAUAAAACUAUAGAAAGUUACCUAAGAAUAGACAAAAAGAAGAUUUUGCUUAAUUUGUAAAAUAUGAGUGUAACAUUAUUAAUAUUAUACUUUCCACUACUUUGAAGUUGCCACUUCAAUAAGUACAUAAAGCAAAAAGAGAUUGACAUUAUUACAUUUAAUGUUUGACAAGGACACACGCUAGGGAAUUAAUUGAGUUGUAAGAAAUGCGCAUAUUAACGCAAAUUGCAUACAAGAAAGCGAAUACAAUGCGAUAGAGGCAAACAAGCAACAGCUGAUAUGUGUUAAAUAUUUUACUGUUUUACUUUACUGAUAGUAUUCUGCAAGCAGCGAGAAGCACAUUUAUCACAAAUUCAACUAAGAAGACAAACUUUAAAUUCCAUACGUACUAUAAUAGCCAAGUUAAUACAUUAAUGAUUUCUAUUUAAACUGUGGAAGCGUCCACAAGCCGACUAUGCUGUUAAUUGUGUUAAACAGAGAACGUUUUCAAUGCUUCGAAAGCUUGGCUUAGAAAGUAACUAUGUCAACAAGAUUGCGUAAUACAUUGAGUACACAGACUUUUUGUGCCGAAAACAACAACAAACAAAAUAAAUUAUAUCAAGGGAUUAACUCGUUGAACGUAUCAUGUUUCAAAAUGGUUGUCCCCAAAGUUGAGCCAACAAUCAAACAAAUCACUAACGCGUUUACGGUGAUUUGUUAUUGAAAUUCAUAAGAAAUUUAAGUUUCGAAACGUCAUUUAAAAGUCACAUACAAGUAUAUGAAUCAAAUUAAGAUUUAGUAUAUAAUCCAUUUAGAUUACUACAAAAUAUCGUAUAUGUAUAUGUAAUACGAAUAUCAUUUGAAGAAAUAAAUAUGCAAAUUGAAAUGUUCGUCUUCUGUAUCAUUCGCUGUUGAGAAAAAAUAUGGAACAUAACAGGCUACAAUAACAAACACAAAGCUGGCAAAAAAGAAAAAUCGACAG